AUGCUCGCAGUGUCACUCCAGGAGGAGGAGGAGGAGGAUGAUGAGCAAGGGAAGGAGACCGAUGACGAUGAGACGACGACGUACUCGGAGCCCGAAUUGGUACGAGCCUAUCGCGGCCCUACGCCAGCGCCGAUUUCCUCGCGUACAAGGAGCCAAUCCCGCAGCCGCUCGGCCUCCGAAAGCCGUGCUCGUUCAGUCUCUGCUACCCGUCAGCAACCAACCAGUCGUUCACACUCACGUUCCCGUACGAACACUCCCCGAAGCCCCACACCAGCACCAUCUGGCUUUCGUCGUGGCCGUAUGCCCAACGUGGACGUUCGAGCAUCCACGCCGGAGCGGCAAUUUCUUUCCACGCCGACCAAGACGCAAGAAGAGACGUACGGCCGCCAGUUGACGGCGCAGAUGCGUCAGCUGACUGCCGAAAGUAUUCCCAUCCGCCAGCAGGCUAGCUAUCUACGCCGCAACAGCAGCAGCAACACCAACAGCCCCGACAGGGAGUUAAGCAGCGACUAUGUCCGUGCCACGGCCGAUGACUUGACCAUGGCAAGGCUGAGUCUGCAUGAGCACGCCUUGGGCUACGCCAGCCAGACCAUCUCUGGCAUGCAUCAGGUGAUUCAAAACCAGGUUGGCAGGAUUUCUGACCACGACCAACGCCUCGAUCAACACACACGAGACAUCGUCGGCGUUGAUAGGGAUGUGCGCAGCCAGAAGGACAGGCUGGAUCGCGCGGAGACGGAGUCUGCCGGGCUCAGAGAGGAUGUCGACAAUCACGCUUUACGGAUCCAACUACUGGAGGACUUGGGAAGACGCGGUCAAGGCAGGACUGUCAGGGAUGUCUGA